AUGGCCUCUCAACUACUGCCUCUAGAACUCAUCGACAAGUGUGUCGGCUCACGGAUAUGGGUCAUCAUGAAGGGAGAAAAGGAGUUUAGCGGCACCCUUGUCGGCUUUGACGACUACGUCAAUAUGGUUCUGGAAGAUGUAACGGAGUUCGAUUACUCAGGAGACCACACCAAGUUGCCCAAGAUUCUGCUCAAUGGCAACAACAUCUGCAUGCUGAUUCCUGGAGGCGAAGGACCAGCUUGA